AUGGUACAAACAAUCACCAAGAAAGAUAAAGAGGAGCUCCUAAAAGGGCUACGAGCACUCAAAAAGAGGCAGAUUGCGUUUCUUGUUGCUGAGGCCGAUCGGAUCUCCAAGAAAUGUGAAAACAAAGUCGCCAGACGCCUAAAUAAUGUGAGCGUCACAUUUCAAAAAGUCAAGCUCCUGCAAAUUCUACAGUUGGAACGACAGCACUCACCGACAUUGGCUGAUUUCCGGAAAAUCUCGCAGGAUACACAAAACUCACGAUGA